AUGCAUUUGUCAAAUAUAUUAUUGGAUGAAAGACCAAUUACCUUCAUAUCUGAUCGGAACGCUGCACUUUUGGAGGCUUUACCCAAGGUUUUACCUAUUGCUUACCACUAUUUUUGUCUCCAACACUUGAAGGCCAAUUUGAGGGAUAGGUUCUCUGGUCCAAGUUUCAACAAUACUUUCAGGAGUAGAAUAGUUUUUUUGUUUUCUUCAUGUGCUUAUGCUCCGACAGUGGGAUGUUUUAAUCAAUGCAUGAAAGAAUUACAAGAUGAGGGAAAAGGGAUCGUUUGUGGGUUUCUAUCCAAUUUGCCCUAUGACAAGUGGACUAAUGCAUAUUUUAAAGGACACAAAUACGGUGAAAUGCAUUCAAAUGUGGCAGAGUCUUUCAAUUCAUGGAUCCGUGAAGCUCGCCAUUUGCCCACUACGAAGAUGAUUAAUUCAAUUAGGUUGAAGAUCAUGGAUUUAAUGUCGAAAAGGAGAGAACAAGCUAAGAAAUUGAAUACUUUUCUUUGUCCAGAGAUGGAUUCAACAUUAGUAAAUGCUCUUAAAAGUGAAAGAACUUGGUGGUUAGUCGUUCAAGUGAUCAUGUUUUUGAGCAAGUUCAAAGCUUGCUAUGCUAAGUCCGUUUAUCCAAUACCCACUGUUGAGAAACCUCUUGUAGCUAUGGAUGAUCUUGUUUUCUUUCCUCCAAUUUGUAAGAAGCCACCUGGUAGGCCAAGGAAGAAUAAGAUUCCAUCUAGGGGUGAGAAGAUAAGACAAGUACAGUGUGGUAGAUGCGAGAAGUACGGUCAUAAUAGGAAGCCUUGCAAGGAGACAUUGCCGUAA